GUGCAAAGUAGAGCAAUGCCGCGCAAUAUGGAAGCUCCGUUUUACAUGGAUGUGAUUGAGGUCGAGGAAUUUCUCAAGAACCCACCACCUGGCUUCACCGUUGAGACCAAAAUCACAGGCUGCAGAUUAGUAACCAGCACCAAUGAGAAGAGUUUGGUGCUCAUGGACGAUUUCGAGUCGUCUAAAGGCAAAGUCAUGUUUCAAAAUUCACUCGGGAGGAAAAUCCUGACCCGAAAUUUAACGGAGUACUCAAGUGUUCGAAGACAAUUAACCACGAGGUGGAUUUAUGUGUUGGCGACUGUGAGUGACGAGCCUCCUAGAUCCGAUACGACGGAUCCAAAUCACGCGUUUCGGAGUUUUGUGAUAAUCAUCAAUGGAAGUCAUCCGCUAGUCAAAUGGGAGAUGGAGAGAGGUCUGGACUGGACAAUCUCUUCUGUGGCUGGAGAGAGCUACAAAGUCAACAUUGAUCUCAGCGCAGCCCUGAAGGAUUUGGCAAGUGAUCGAUUUUACCUACUCAAAGAUGGAAAGACAGCGACACCAGUGUGGAUAGAAGCAAACUUCACUCUGAAGUACUAUUCCGACGCCCUCUUUGACUUCCCACACUGGUUUGGCUUCAGCAAACGACAGUUCAAGAUUUCUUACUAUGACGCUGCCAAGUCUGUCAGAUCAACACAAGACCAGGAGAAAUCUGUGGAAGGUCUGGUCGUCAGAAACCUUUGAGCCCGUUUGAGGGCAUGUCUCCCCUUGGGCCUGGGGCGUAUAGUUAUUAAGAAUUUCUGGAAGCAGUAAUAAUGUCAAGUGCACAGAGGAAGGUGUGGAUCCAUCCGACAUAUCUUUCUUGGGAACAUUAUCAGUUUUUCUGUAACUUGUUCACAUGCAUGCGCGAUGAUCUGAUUCAAAUUAUGAAUAUUUUCCAGUGAGUUAUCAUGUUACGUUUAUACUCACAAGUACAAAGAGGUGUGAAGAUUCCUCCCUAUAGAGUCCAAAUGGAGGAGUGGUUUUUGUGCUUUGUGGUUUGCAGGUCAGAAGACACUUUAGACAGAGAUGGCACUGGGUGCCUUGGCACUGGUUGCCUUGGGCCUGGGGCUCGUAGUUAUUGGCUGCUAUUUGGGGAGCGAUACCUGUCCGCAGGCUCUGGUCUGCCCUUCCUCUGCUCUGCCUCUCUACACGCUUUUCCCGGAUCAGUUCCUAUGAUCCCCAUCGCUACCAUCAUCUCAUUCCUCCGGGACUCAGUUCUUCCCACCGCUGAGUGCUGGAAUGGCCUUUCUACCGAGGGGAGAGUCUGAAAUUGUCGCGCCAUCUUCCAAUGCGCGCUGAAAACACACUGUUCCACAACGUGCCUCAACAUCUACAACUCAGUUUUUUUGGGGGGGGUUUAACACUUUUCAGUGUUAAAAAAACAAACAAAACAAAGUACUGUAAAUAACAUUUGAAUCACUCUGGACAGGGACGCCUGCCAAAUCUGCAAAGGUGUAUUUGUGCUUGUAAAGCUUGUUAUGCAAAACAUGAAGUUGCAUUUUGUAAUCAUGUAAAUAUCUGCCAUAAGAUGGCGCUGUUUGAUGGGCAUUUCAUAAAGAGCACUUUUUUAUUCUAAGCAUCUAUGAUACAUGGGUGUUUUGAUGUGUGGCAUUUGAGUCCUUGAGCGUUUGGAAGUUUGCUGCAAGUUUUCAAUUUUAGUACUCCUUAUGUAUUUAGUCUUAGUCGUUUUAAAGUAAUGGAUGAUUUGUGUGAGGAUGUCAAUGAGAA